AGACGAGUUGCAGCCCAGGGUGGAGGCCCUCUCUCUCUCUCUCUCUCUCUCUCUCUCUCCAGGUAUAAGAAGGACGAUGCGAUGUGAGGCCCCCGGGUUUUUAGCCUUCUUCAGGGUUGAAAGUUGAAACCUUCGCCUUUAUAUCACAUCCUCCUCUCGUUCUCUCUUUCUUCGGAAACUUCCUGCACCACCGUUCAUGGGUGAACAUCUCUUACAUUCGUUGAAACUUUGGCCUGCAUCUGAUCUGUUUCAUUAGCUAUCUGCCUAAAGGUUCGCAAUUCAUUCUUUUCCAUCUUCAUCAGAAUUAUCUAGUCAAUCACAAAAAAUAGGGAAUGCUGAAAGAUGUUAAAAUGCGGAAUUUCUUCCUCUGAAGUUGACAAGAUCAUAGCUCCAUGUGGUGGGCUACCUUUGUAUAUCCUUUAUGAGGCUGACCAUUUAACUCACUGCCCGUUUCAUUGUGCUCAAAUGCUUGGUGUGACAAGAGAUACAGGAGCUCAUAUCUUGUCAAAGUACGAUGUUUGUGAAGAUGGUUGAGCUUUUAGGCUAUUGAGAGCAAUUCCAUAAAUAACUAUAUCAGUCAUAUUGCCUUAGCAAGUAUAGUAGCUUUAUUUUGUUCAAAUAUUGUAGCUCGAAAUGGAAAACAAAGGGCAUGUGUUGAUGCAGAAGUAUGAGAUAGGCAGAUUGCUAGGCCAGGGAACCUUUGCCAGAGUGCACCAUGCAAGGAAUCUUCGAACUGGAAAUAGUGUAGCCAUCAAGAUAAUUGACAAAGAGAAGAUACUGAAGGUUGGAAUGAUGGAGCAGAUUAAGCGAGAAAUUUCGGUUAUGAGACUGGUUAGACAUCCAAAUAUUGUAGAACUUUAUGAGGUUAUGGCUACCAAAACCAAGAUUUACUUUGUCAUGGAAUAUAUUAAAGGCGGUGAGCUUUUCAACAAAGUAGCUAAGGGGAAGCUCAAGGAGGAUGUUGCAAGAAAAUAUUUUCAACAGUUGAUCAGUGCAGUUGAUUAUUGCCACAGUAGAGGAGUAUCUCAUCGUGAUUUGAAACCAGAAAACCUACUCUUGGAUGAGAAUGGGAAUCUAAAGGUUUCGGAUUUUGGUUUAAGUGCCCUUGCAGAAUGUAAGCGACAGGAUGGAUUACUUCAUACUACCUGUGGGACCCCUGCUUAUGUUGCUCCAGAAGUGAUAAACAGAAAGGGUUAUGAUGGAUCCAAAGCUGAUAUUUGGUCAUGUGGGGUGAUCUUAUAUGUUCUAUUGGCUGGCUAUCUGCCAUUCCAUGAUACAAAUCUGAUGGAGAUGUAUAGGAAGAUUGGAAAGGCAGAAUUUAAAUUCCCUAAUUGGUUUGCACCUGAAGUACGCAAGCUUCUAUCAAAGAUCCUGGAUCCAAACCCUAGCUCAAGGAUAUCCAUGGCCAAAAUAAUGGAAAACUCCUGGUUUCGUAAGGGGUUAGAACCUCAAUCCCUAAUCAUUGAGACAGACACAAAAGAACCAGCUUAUCUGGAUUGCGAUGCUGUGUUUAAUGUGGACGAGAGUAGCUGUGCUGUUACAGAAUCCAAGCAAGAAUUGGCAAAACCUUGUAACUUGAAUGCAUUUGAUAUCAUCUCCUAUUCUGCAGGCUUCGACUUGUCUGGCUUGUUUGAGGAAAAGGAGAAAAAGAAAGAGGUGCGGUUUACUUCCAACAAGCCUUCCGUAAUCAUCAUCUCAAAGCUUGAAGACAUUGCUAACCGUCUGAAGCUGAAAAUAAAGAAGAAGGAUGCAGGCUUGUUGAAAUUUGAAGGUUCAAAGGAAGGCAGGAAAGGAGCACUGGGCAUUGAUGCAGAAAUCUUUGAGAUCACUCCUUGUUUUCAUUUGGUGGAAAUGAAGAAGUCCAGUGGAGAUACACUGGAGUAUCAGACAGUACUAAAACAAGAGAUUAGACCUGCACUCAAGGACAUUGUUUGGACAUGGCAAGGAGAACAGCAGCAGCAUCAGCAACAGCAAAUAUUAAAACAAGGAGAGCAACAGGAGCUACAGCCUUCUCAAGCAUAUGCAUUGGAGGCUGCUUCAUCUCAUAAUACAACCUAAAUAAAUAUUCUCUCGCAAUUAAUUUGUGUAUCCUUGGCCUCUUUGUCAAGGAGAAUUUAAUCCUUGUGACAGUAUACAACUUAUCAGUAUAAAUGGGUGGAUGCUUCAUGAUGUGUAUAUAUAUAUUGGCUGUAUUUAAUCA